CUGUGUUCCGGUAACCUUUCAUCUAACUUGACGCACCCGGAGCCGCGUCUCUGCGUGGAUCCUGCUCCCUGCGCUCCGUCUGCGGCUCUGUCCCGGCUCAAAGCUUGGACUUCACGCUCAGGUGUGACAUUUUCGGAGUUCCUCCCCCCACCCCCCCGGUUCUGCACCGCGGAGAAGAUGACGGACUCCACGGCGCCAGACUCCACCGGCGUCCCGGAGCCGGCAGCGGAGGAGCCCGCGGCGGCGAACGGCCAGUGCGAGCAGGCGGACCCCGAGUCCCAGCAGCAGGAACCCGGCGCCCCAAGUCAGGGAGAAGCUCUCAAGAUGGACCACGAGAUGAAAAUAACGGACAGCAUAGAGGACCGAGGUCUUCUGGAAAGCAGCAUGCGACUGAAGCCUCACGAAGCACAGAGUUACCGUAAGAAGGCUCUAUGGGUGUCCUGGGCAUCCAUCGUGGUCACAAUCAUCCUGGCCAUCGCUGGUUUCACUGUUUCCCUCAUGCGGCACAGUGCUUCAGCUUUUGGAUUUGCUUUUGACGCCACACUGGACGUGCUGUCCUCCAUCAUCGUGUUGUGGCGGUACUGCAACGCUGCAGCUGUCCACUCAGCACAUCGUGAAUACAUAUCCUGUGUCAUACUGGGCGUGAUUUUCAUCCUAUCCUCCCUGUGCAUUAUGGGUAAGGCCAUCCACGAUCUGGCCACUAAGUUGCUGCCUGAAGUGGAUGACUUCCUCUUCAGCGUGGCCAUCAUCAGCGGCUUGGCCUGCGUAAUCCUGGCUGUGUUCAAGUUCAUGCUCGGUAAAGUUCUCACCAGCCGAGCCCUCAUCACUGACGGGUUCAACUCUCUGGUUGGAGGAUUGAUGGGAUUUUCUAUCCUGAUCAGCGCUGAAGUGUUCAAGCAUGAACCCAAGGUGUGGUACCUGGACGGGACAAUAGGUGUCCUCAUUGGCCUCACCAUCCUCGCCUAUGGAGUCAAGCUGCUGCUAGAUAUGGUCCCACGGAUCCGGCAAACCAGGAACUACGAGCGCUUUGAGUGACAGGCCGUGGCUGGGUGGAAGAAGACAAAGGCGAAAGGGGAGGACGGGGAGGAAGGUUCGAGGGGAGCUGACUGAUUUCUGCAGCUUCCAAAGUUUGUCAGCAUCACACCGUCCCUUCAGUCUGAGGCGGCGGUGCAAGCUUCUGUGUCUCUGCAUUCCGCGUGUUCAUACACAGUGUUUACAUGAUGCCAUGCCACAGUUG